CAUCUCAAAAUUGAUCGUAUGUCCCUCCUAAUAGAUCGAUGCCAUCUCCAAUUAAUUAUCUGUAUUUCUUCUCUUUUCUAUAUAUAGAUACUCCCAUAACACUGAAAAGUCCGGGAUAAGCAAGAGUUGAAUAGGAACAAAAGAAGAAACAGCCAAACCCAACAGGAAUUAGAGUUGAAGAAAGAGGGAUGUCACACUACAUUCAGAUUUCCUCCCUUGAGGUUACCUCAAUAGAUAAUCAAAUUCCAUUGCUUCUGCCAACUGAAAAAGAUGAGAUAGAAGAAGGGAGGGAAGUGGAUCAUUUAAGUGGGAUAAAUGAAAAAAAUGGACAAGAUUCAUCAGGAUCACAACCAAGGGAAAUUGUUAAUCGAAUCGCUGGAAUGUUUAAGGGUUUGGAUAACUCGUCUCUUAAAUCGUGUAUAUUCAAAGUAAAUGUGGGGCUACGUGAAUCAAAUCAAGGUGCUUAUACACCAAAGAUGGUCUCUAUAGGUCCUUACCAUAGGAAAAAUCCUAUGCUUCGUCCAAUGGAAAAGUACAAAGUAUUAUACCUACAAAGGUUUCUUAAACGACAAGAGGGGCUUGAUCUGGAAAGUUGCAUCAAUGAAUUGGAGGAAUUGAAGGAGGAAGCACUAAAAUGUUAUGAUGAUAUAGAAGACCUCAAGAAAGACACGAGUCACACUGAUCAAUUCUUGCAAAUGUUAUUGCUUGAUGGUUGUUUUGUGGUUGAGUUUAUUCGAGAGCUACAUAAAGUGUAUCCUCCAGAAGAAGAAAAAAUUAUCGAUACUAGUGUUGGUUACAUAUUUGAUCAACUGACUCGAGACUUGAUGUUACUAGAAAAUCAACUUCCCUUCUUUGUUCUCAACAAGCUUCAUCACAUGACAAAGAAAGAUGAUGAAUUACCAUUUGCAAUAAUGGCGAAGUGUUGCUUUGCUAUUAACUUGCCAAAAACGACUCCUGCAGCACUUCUAGAGAUACAUAACAAUGCUAAUGCAGGAAAAAUCAAACAUUUACUUCAUCUAAUACACAUGUCAUGGCAGGGGAAUCCUAACACAGAUCCAACAUAUUCCUGGAGAAUCUUAUGUUGCAAUCCUUUGCAAAUAAUUAGGUCAAAAGAGAAGAAGAAUGAUAAGGGCAAUAAGAUAAAUAAGGUCAUCAUACCAAAUGCAACAGAGCUUUCUGAAGCUGGGCUUAGCUUUAAAAGCUUCGGAAAUAUUUAUAGGUCGUUGGACAAAGAUGAUGAUAUUGGGGAUACAAGUUUAUUUGAUAUAAAGUACGAGAAUGGACUGUUGAAAAUCCCUUGUCUUCGAUUAUUUGAUAGUACUGAGUCAAAUCUGAGAAAUCUCAUUGCUUUUGAGCAACAAUCUGAUGUGCAUCAUAGAUAUUUCAGUGAUUAUGCUACUUUCAUGGAUCAGCUUAUUGAGUCAGACAAAGAUGUGAAUUUGCUUCGCCAGAAAGGAAUCAUAAUUAACGGGUUAGGAGAGGACAAAGAAGUGACUAGAUUCUUUAACAAAAUUGGAAAAGGGGUCAGCACUUCAGCCGGCUUUUAUGACAAACAAGGAUACAGAAAAAUAAUUGAACAUUGUGAAAGACCAUGGAACAGAAUGAAGGCAAAUUUGAUACACAAUUAUUUUAGUAGUCCUUGGGUUGGAGCUUCAACUCUCGCAGCCAUCGUUCUCCUCAUACUCACAGCUAUACAAACUGUUCUAGCUUUCACAGGCGGAGUUAAAUAAGUAAUAAUUGCGUUAAUUAUAUAAGAUAGGUUGUUUGAAUGUCUAGUGUUUCCUCAACUCCAUGCAUGUAAUAUAAUUGUAUGUGUGUUGAUGAGUUUUUCAUUUAUUCUAUUUUUACCCCCUUUUGCAUUUGGUUUUGUUGUUAAGUGCUAACAAUUGGUCUAUUUCAAGUAUCUAUUAGUUUUUUGGGGUCA